CACUAGUAUUUGCUUCCCCGCAUAAAAAAGAAGCAUCCCCAAAAUCACUAUCAACCAAUUAAGCCAUGUUGAGGAUAUCACCAUCAUCUAUCUGCCUCUACUAACACCACAAAGUGGGCAGCGUUGGGCAGCAUCUAAAUGAUGUCACUGCUCCCCGUCCUUUGGGAUCCUCAUGCACCAUCGCCGAUCCCCCAAAUCAAAGCCGGGCGAGCAUGUCAUUUGCGGCACUUUUAUUCACUUUUCAUUCUUCCAUUGGCCUCUCUUGUUGUCCCUCCCCGGCCGGAUGCAACCUCCGAUUCAUGCGCCGUGCUUUGCAACAGAACUAAAUAAAACAAAUGACCCCAGUUUGUGUAAGAUAACGCAACGCACGGCAUCAGAAUGCAAACGCAAGAUUCAUUAGCACUGCCCUCCGUGCGCGCCCGGCGUUACACCAAGACAAUAGCAUUUCCCAUUCAAUUCGACCCGGCCAAGUUCGGCCACCAACACACAUGUUGCACCAAGUUAAUAUCAAUAUACCGUUGCAAAGCCUCUCACAGCACCAUGCAUGUCUUGCAAGCAUCCCGCCGCCCGCACACCGACCAUGCAUCUGUUGUCCGUCAUGUGCAUACAAAAAGCACACGUCGUUCAUUCCAAUCUCAUGACGUCUAGUAAUGAUGAGAAUCUAGAAUCAGAAUCCAGCCCAUGUUCCCCAAUGAAAUGCCAGACCCAACAAUUCCCCGGGGUACUCGAUAUGGCUUGU